CAGUUUUCUGUGUGUGUGUGCAGUUUGUGGAAGAGUGUGUGUGCAGUCAGUGUGUGUGCUGCAGUCAGAAACAGAGCAGUGAGAGAUUAUAUGUGAGGAACUAUGAGGGAGAAGACCGUUUAGUUAGCAAAAUUUAGUAUAGCAAGGGAGUUCCUGAGGAUUUAAUGUGUGUGUUUGUUUUGUGAGUUUGUGGCAUUCUGUGAGCAGUUCUGCACUUAAACACUGUGUGAGGGCACUGACAAGACAAUGGGAUCAAAUGAAGAAUCAGCUCCGAGUGUGAGUGCCAACAGUAUCAAGAUCACUGAUAUCACGCAGGAUGGAGAAACGCUGACUUUUGCCAUCACAUCUCAGAAGUCGAACAGCAGCGCAGGGGUGUGUGUUUUUAGGACCUAUGAAGAUUUUGACUGGCUGCAGCAGAGUCUUCUCUCUCAGGAGGACGUUCCAGGACUUCUUGGAGUCAUAUUUCCACCUCUGCCUGGAAAGCCACUGCCUUCCACCUCAUUCACACAGGCUAAAGCGCUGAAACAGUUUGGGUUCCUGGCUCUAGGGGAUGAAUGGAAGAUUUAUCGUAAAGCUUUAGAGCUUUAUUUGCAGCAGGUGGCAGCACACACCACUCUCAGCAAGAGCAAAGCACUCUCCAGUUUCUUCAGCAGCACUGAGUCGCCUGGAAAACAGCGUGGGAAAAAAGGAAUAUUCAACCGCCUUAGUCAUGUUAUGGAGGAGAUGAGGAAGGAGGGUCAUAAGGAUGUGGAUAAAUUCUUUCAGAGCGAGAGAGACAGCUGCACACAUCUCUCUGUUCUGUUCAAAGUGUCCACAGAGAAAUUUCUCGACACUGUGCUGACGAAGCAAAAACUCGCUGUGGCAUGUGGUCAUUUCUCUACUUCAUUGCAUCUUGUGUGCAACCAUGACAAUCCAGCUGCUGUGACCUUCUCAAAGAUUUGUCUGAAGCUGUCUGAUAUUAUUGAAGCAGUGAAGGUAAACUUUGAGAAAGUGUCUGAUAAUGACGUCUCCUCUAUGGGUUUGGCUCUGGAUCUGGAGUCCCGCUACCAGGAGGCGAAGAAGGAAAUGCUGUUUAGAAGAACCUGCAAACUGGUGGAACUGGAAGCAGCCAACAGGAACUCUGAAAGAGCCAAGCCUAAUAAGAAGGCUAUAAUGGAGGGAGUUCAGAAAGCCACGCAGAAGGAGUUUAACCUCAUUUCAUCUGUGGCAAAAAAAGAGAUUGAGCAAUACCACAGAGCCCGUGUCAGUGUGCUGCGAGACUUUCUGGUCUCUUGGUGUGAGAAACAGCUCAGCACAGCUCAGGAAACCUCUGCCCUCUUCUCUCAGCACCUGGAAGCUUGUAGAGGAUUUGUGGUGUAAAGCAGCAGCUUUCAUUUGUUCAAUUUGGUGAAAAGACAUCAUUUGAUCAUUGAAUCAGGUGUUUAAUGAUGCUCAAGUAUAUGAUUUCAACACAUAUUCUGCACUGAUUGUUCACCGAGAUGUUUUUAAGUAAAACAACAAACAUGAAUUAACCAAA